CCUACAGUUUUCCUCAACGUUUAAUACUCUCAGUCGCAUUAUAAUGGCAACUAUCAGAUCCUUUUUUAUGGUUUUAUCUGUCUGCGUUGUCUGUUUGUUUGCAGAUGAUAGAUUCAAGAAACAUGACUUACUUCUCUUAAAUGCUAGUAAUGAGUUGGGUGUUAUGCGUUUUGUACUUGAAGACGGUGUAUGCCCGGUACGUCAAGAUAGACUAGAUUCGAUGUUUAUUAUAAAAGCAAACCAUCCCCAUCGUCCUGCUUACAAAGAUGCUAUGAAAAAGAUUAAUGGAAGCAUGUUGCCCGGUUAUGAUAAGUACAAAUUACGUUAUUUGUUUAAUAUGGAGGAUGUGCGCUUUGGAACUAUAAACGUUGAAGAUAUUUGAUAUUUCCUGGAUUAAAAAAAAACCCCUUAUUCU